AUGACAGACGUAAGGCAAAUUCGUAAAUCUUCCAUAAUUUUCGACGAAGUGCAUUGCCUUUCUGAAUGGGGAGAAAGUUUUCGUCCAAAAUACCGGGAAAUGGCCCAAUUAAGAAGCUGUUUUAAAGUUCUUUUCCUUGCAAUCAGUACCACAAGCUGUCAUCCGUUGUUUAGCUUGGGAAUUGACAUUGAUAUACCUGACAUAGUUGUGGUUAUACACAUUGGUUGUCCAAAAUAUGUCAUAUCAUAUUGGCAGGAAGCGGGUAGAUGUGCAAGAGAUGGGCGCUGUGGCCUUAGUUUAAUUAUGAAUGCUUAUUUUUACGGCAUCGCUGAAAAGCACAGAUAA